UAUACACAUUUUUGCCUAUAAUAUGCAAAUUUUCCGAAAAAAGUAAACAAAUAUAUUUUUUUUUCCCAAGCCACUGAUAAAAAUUAAAAAAAAAAAAUUAUGUUUAUUUGUAGCUUAUUGUAUGUUUAAGUCGUGUAAAAGUGAUAACGAAGUGCAAACCAAUAUAGCUUACGCGUGUAUUUGUCAAGAGAUUUUCAUAUAAAUCAACAAGACCGUGAGACAAAGUGACCAGUCGUAUUCAGCGAGUCUUGAUGAAAAAAAACGUUUAAUUUCUUUCAAAAAAAAAAAAAAAAAAAAAAAAAAAAAAAAAAAAAUUAAAAAUAAAAUAAAAUAAAAAUAAUUUAAAUUCAACAAGUGCUCGCCUAUCAUCAUGAUAAAAAAAUUUACAUAUUUUGUGCAUUGUGUCAAGGUGCUUGUGUAAGGAUUGAGUGUGACACGUUAAGUUUCGAUUUAGUGAUAUUUUUUUUUUUUUUUUAAUUCCCAACAAGAUGGCCAGAAAACUAUCAUUUCUCAGAAUUGGAGGAAUGGAUGGAAGAUUCUUAAAUAAAGGCGGCGGAGAUAUUGAAGCUAAUGAUUAUCACGGAAAAAGAAACACUAUGACAUUAAAUGUUAAUGGAUUAUGGGACGUUGUUCCACGACUGGAUCAUUAUAGAUUAAGUAGACGAGCAAAAAGACCAUCUUUAGGUGAGCUACACGAUGGAAACCCUACGAAGAAUACAAAUGUUGAGGCGGGUGGUCAGACUGGAGUGGGUCCACCCGUUCACAAUGGAAUAAAAUUAGGAUGGAUUCAAGGCGUAUUGAUACCAUGUCUUUUAAAUAUAUGGGGUGUUAUGUUAUUUUUGCGAUUGUCCUGGGUUGUUGCGCAAGCAGGAAUUUAUCAAACUAUUAUUAUAAUCGGAAUAUCAGCUGUUGUAUGCGUCAUCACGACUCUAAGCUUGAGUGCAAUUAGCACUAAUGGAGAAGUAAAGGGAGGUGGUAUUUAUUUUAUAAUAUCCAGAUCAUUGGGACCAGAAUUUGGAGCUUCGGUGGGAAUUGUUUUUGCUUUUGCAAAUGCCGUUGCAGCAUCAAUGAAUACCAUUGGAUUUUGCGAUUCAUUAAAUGAAUUACUUAAAGAACAUGGUCUUAAAAUUAUUGACAAUGGUCCAUACGACGUUAGAAUUAUUGGCUCAAUUGCCCUUUUGGUGAUGAUUUUAAUUUGCGCCAUUGGCAUGGAAUGGGAAUCAAAGGCGCAGAAUUUUCUCAUCGCCAUUAUUACAGCAGCAAUUUUUGACUUUCUCAUUGGUGCUUUAAUUGGUCCAACAAGUUUGGAAGAAAAAUCAAAAGGUUUCGUAGGAUUUUCAAGUAAAACUUUUAUGGAUAAUUUGGGACCGGAUUAUCGAUAUUCUGAAGAUGUGAAUCACAGUUUCUUUUCUAUUUUUGCGAUAUUUUUCCCAUCAGUCACUGGUAUACAAGCUGGUGCUAAUAUUUCCGGUGAUCUUAAAGAUCCGGCUAGCAGCAUUCCAAUUGGUACACUAUUGGCUCUUUUAAUAUCAAUGAUUAGUUAUGUGACAUUUGUUUUAUUUGCUGGCGGUGCUGCUUCAAGAUUUGCCAGUGGUGUUGUUUUAAAUAAUACAGUAGUUGAAUGCGUCACAGGUGUUGAUUGUACAAAAUAUGGUCUUCACAAUAAUUACGGGAUAAUGCAACUUAUGUCAGUUUGGGGACCAUUUAUUUACGCUGGUUGUUUUGCAGCUACACUAUCAACUGCAUUAACAAAUUUAUUAUCCGUCCCUCGUUUAAUACAAGCUCUCGGUCAGGAUAAAAUUUAUCCUGGAUUAAUAUUUUUUAGCAAAGGAUAUGGAAAAUCUGGUGAGCCCUACAGAGGCUAUGUACUCACUUUUAUUGUAGCCGUUCUCUUUGUCUUAAUAGCAAAUUUAAAUUUAGUGGCACCGCUUAUUUCAAAUUUCUACCUCGCAUCUUAUGCCCUCAUCAAUUUUUGUACAUUCCAUGCCGCCCUCGUUCGUCCCUUGGGCUGGCGACCAACAUUUAAGUAUUACAACACAUGGCUCUCAUUAUUGGGAUUCAUUUUGUGCGUUUCAAUUAUGUUUCUAAUUGACUGGGCAACAUCUUUAAUUACAUUUGUAAUUAUUAUCACGCUUUAUCUCAUUGUCGUUUAUCGAAAGCCAGAUGUCAAUUGGGGAAGCAGUACACAAGCACAAACCUAUAAAACGGCUCUUUCAAUUGCUUACAAACUCAAUUCGAUGGACGAACAUGUGAAAAAUUAUGCACCCCAAAUUUUGGCCCUUACAGGAUCACCAAAUACAAGGCCAGCUUUGUUACAUCUUGCAAAUCUUAUCACUAAAAAUAAUUCAUUACUUAUAUGUGGGGAAGUUUAUCCGACUCGCCUUUCUUAUCGAGUACGUUCGAAUCAUUUAAGAACUGGAUAUUCUUGGCUUCAAAGACAUCGAAUAAAAGCAUUUUAUCACAUUGUGGAGGAACUUAGUUUAGAAAUGGGAGCGUCUGCUUUAAUGCAAGCCACGGGAGUUGGAAAAUUGGCACCAAAUGUGGUACUUAUGGGUUACAAAACCCACUGGGCGACUUGUAACAAUAAAGAACUUCAAGAAUACUUUAAUGUUCUUCAUAAUGCCUUUGAUCAUAAAGUUGCAGUUGCUAUAUUAAGGAUAUCGGAAGGUUUAGAUUGUGCUGGUAAUGCAAAUGGAGUGUCAGAAGAUGAUCAUGGAAAUUUAGCGCAAAGCAGUUAUGAUUUAGCUGGAAAUACUCUCAUGCAUGCGGAUAGUGAUUUAAGUAUGAGUACAGGAAUUCCACGAGUUCAGAGUGUUCCAACGAUAGGCUACAAUUAUCCAUGUACAGAAAUGUCUUCAGUUAUUAGAGAUUCGCCAGUUAAUUGGAGUGCAUAUGAACAAUUAAAACAUAAAAAAAAACACGCGACUGAAAAAUUAUUACUCCGAAAUGGAAUGAGUGUAGUGCCAGAAUAUUUGACAGUUUUUCAAAAAAAACAUAAAAAUGGCAUCAUCGACGUUUGGUGGCUUUAUGAUGAUGGAGGAUUGACGAUACUACUUCCCUAUAUAAUUAGUACCAGGGCACAUUGGGAACAUUGUAAAAUGAGAAUUUUUGCCCUCGCUAAUCAUAAACAGGAAAUUGGAGCUCAGGAAAAAGAAAUGGCAGAAAUAAUGGCGAAAUUUCGAAUAAAAUAUACGAGUCUUAAAAUGGUUGACGACAUUAGUAUUCAACCACAAAAAUCAACACAAGAAUUUUUCGAUAAACUAAUAUCCGAUUUUACAAAAAAUGGAUCUGAAUCAACCGAUUGUAUUGUUACCAACGAGGAACUUCAAAGUUUAAGGGACAAAACCCAUCGGCAAUUAAGAUUACGAGAACUACUUUUAGAGAACUCGAGUCAAUCGACAUUAGUUGUAAUGUCAUUGCCAAUGCCAAGGAAAGGUGCAGUUUCUGCUCCAUUGUAUAUGGCAUGGCUAGAAGCACUCACAAGAGAUAUGCCUCCCACGUUAUUGAUAAGAGGGAACCACACUUCAGUAUUAACAUUCUAUUCCUAGUAUUUAAAAAAAAAAAAAUUGGACUUUGUUAUGCAGCAAAGAAAUCUAUUUUAAAACAUUGUGAUCAAAUUUACUUUGUUUUUUUUUAAUUUUUUUAUUUUACAAAAAUAACUGCAUGAACAAAAAAACAUUUUUUUUUAAUUAGAAUUUUUUUUUUUUGUGAAUAGUUAGAAUCAGUAUAUAAAUGUUAAUAGUUUAUUUAUUUUAGAUAAUUUAAUAUAGCACACA